AUGCCGCUCGACUUUGACGCGCUGGCCGGCGUGCCGCCCUACCCGCCAGCCGGCAAGGCCGCCAUUGUCACCGGCGGCUCCAGCGGCAUCGGUCGUUCCACGGCACUCGCGCUCCACCGCGCGGGAUGGAGUGUGUGCAUCACGGCGCGGCGCGCAGAGGCGCUCGAGGAGACGCUGCGCCUGAUGCGUGCGCAGCCAGGCAGCGCAGAUGGGAGUGCACAGGCGCUGAAAGCGACGAGCUUCGCCGGCGACAUCACGAGCGAGGAGACGGUGCUUGCGCUCUUCAAGCAUGCCUACGAGCAGCUCGGCCAGAUCGACCUCGUCUUCUGCAACGCCGGCGUCAGCACUGCCGCCGUGCCGCUGUUUGACCUGCCGUUGGCCGAUUGGAAUAAGGCCGUCUCGACGAACCUGACAGCCACGUUCCUCUGCGCGCGCGAGGCAUUCCGGUACAUGUCGCCUGAGCGAGGUGGCAAGGGAGGAAGGAUCAUUGUCAAUGGCAGCAUCAGCGCUGCAGUGCCUCGGCCUCACUCGGCACCCUACACGGCAAGCAAGCACGGCUGCACGGGCCUCACGAAGUCCCUAGCGCUCGACGGGAGGGCACACAACAUCGCCGUCUCGCAGAUCGACAUUGGCAACGCCAGCAGCGACAUGACGGAGCGGAUGCGUACGGGACCAGGGGUGAUGCAGGCCGAUGGCUCCCUGCGUCAGGAGCCAGUCAUGGAUCGCGAGCAUGCGGCGCGCGAGGUGGUCCACAUUGCCGAGAUGCCCCUCUCUGUCAACGUGCAGUUCGUCACCAUCCAGGCGACCAAGAUGCCAUCGAUGAUCGGGCGCGGCUAA